ACUUAAACACUCCAUGCUCAGUGCGCAAGUAUUUUGACAUGCGCUUCCUCUAUUACUUUAACCACAUGCUCUUACCUCAUGAUAUUGCACACAUACACACACAGCAAACAGAUAAGCCGCAUUAACAUCCCCUCCACACCCAGAUACAGAUACAGUAGGUAUCACACUAUGACUCUUGUUCCCAGCCUAACAAGCAAGGAGAAGCAUCAUGGGUUUGGCAUCACACAACCAGCCUAUACACUUUGAUACAAUAAACAUGUUAUUGGCAGACACUUGACUGAUGAUAUGGAACAUUCAAACAUUUGAUCAACAUUUUCCUAUAAUUGUAAUUCAUCAUUGGUAACAAUGAGUGGAGCACGUAACUUAUGUGUUACUUUGUAGCACAUUGCGAAUUGUUUCAAAUUGGACACAUCUCGGAAGGUGUGACUUGUGCGCUACUACUAAGGUGUACAGAAUGGGUCAAACGCGCUCGGGUCUCUCCUACUCCACCCCGGCUCCAGGCAAAGCAAAAUGGAAACCAAUUGAGACAGCCAAACAACUCCCUAUCUGCAGGUUUACCAGUGAUGAGCGAAGGGGUGACCGGUUUUACAGGAAUCGGAUGAAAACGACAAAGUUGCCUUCGCCAGGCACAGGUCAACCGGAGGUAGGGCUGGUAAUCGGAUCUGGAGAUUCGGAAACCCUUCGUGGUCACGAGCGAGGAAAGUUGUUGAGCGGCCAGACAGAGUCGGAGGUAGUGGAUUACACAACCCCGGUCGUCGAAUACCCAUCUGCAAUUCAUUAUGAAAAGAGUCAGGCUCUCGACAGUGACGUUGUGAGCAAGGGAGCGGCCGACUCUUCCUUCGAUGCGACGGGCUUGGAUACACUGGCCAGAGGAUUCGACAGAACCCGCUGCGCAGUUACGCAGCGCAGCGGCCCAGAAACAACGGGAGAGGACUAUGUCUGGAAUGCCCCGGCUAGGGCCAUGGAAAACAAGCCAUUCGGAUUUGAUAAACAGGGUCGGGUUGCCUCCGAGGUCAGGGUGGUAUCGGGGGCUGUACCACCGGAUGGUUCAGUCCAUUGGCGCAUAUCUGGGGAGGAGAAUUUAAGACUGACCCUGGCAUCACAGAGCGUGCGUUUGGACGAACCUCUGACAAGUGGCGUGUCAGAACCGAUAGGGUGUGAUAUGCCACACACAGAGGUAGAAAUGACCAAAUCGAACUUUCUCACUGCUUCUUGUGAACCCGAAGCAGUCAGGAAAAAUGAACAAAGCAGUUGUCCCGUGGAGUCGGGGAAACAGGAGGACCCCUCGAUUAACUCUCCAAAACAGCCACACGGACAGGUCCAAAGUCCACUUGGUAGCCAACGUUUCCCCGGUACUAUCCCAAAGCUUAUUAUAACAAGAGAUCCAAGCCCCAGUCGGACCCAGGAAACACUAGAUCCAAGGACCAUGGAAGUCGGAGUCGGUGGAUCAUCCUUGGAUCCACACGCCGAUGAUGAGUCCCCCUGCUCGGACAGUGGCUGCGGAGGCUCCCCGGCGCUAAUGCGCUUUCACCGAAAGCUCUCCAACUCCUCCUCCGCCGGCUGCUUGUCCUCUGCCUCGUCGUUUGAAGAGUCCGAGGAUGACUUCACCGGCAGCGACAUCGAGUCCAGCCUGUCCCCAGUCAUUUGCAACAUGCUGGGCAGCCCAGACGAAGGCAUGGGGACCAAGCCGUGGCAGAUGGUGCACUGGUCUCCCUUCGUGUCCUUUAACAAGCGUUAUCCCUGGGUGCAGCUCGCCGGGCACGCAGGUAACUUCCAUGCGGGGGAGUAUGGGCGUUUGUUGAAGCGCUACUGUGAGUGUGAGCAGCUGUGCCUAUUGAAGCUGAUGGGGGACAUUCUGCGUCCCUACGUCCCUGGCUACUACGGCGUGGUGCAGAGGAACGAACAAGAUUACAACCUAAUAGACGACCUCCUGGCUGACUUUGACUCUCCCUCCAUCAUGGACUGCAAGAUGGGCAGCAGGACCUACCUGGAGGAGGAGCUACUGAAGGCCAGGGAGCGUCCGCGGCUCCGCAGGGACAUGUAUGAGAAGAUGGUGGCCGUGGACCCCGGGGCCCCUACGGAUCAGGAGAGGGCCCAACAAGGCAUCCUGAAGCCCAGAUACAUGCAGUGGAGAGAGACCCUCAGCUCCACUGCCACUCUGGGCUUCCGAAUCGAGGGCAUCAAGAGAGCGGACGGGACGUGUAACACCAACUUUAAGAAGACCAAACACCGGGAGCAGGUCAUGCAGGCCCUGGGAGACUUUGUGGAUGGGAAUAUUCAGAUCCUGAAACUCUACCUGCAACGUCUGGAGGAGCUGCGAUCCGUGCUGGAGAAAUCACAGUUCUUCAGAACACAUGAGGUGGUGGGCAGCUCCCUGCUGUUUGUGCACGAUGCGUCAGGGCUGGCUCGUGUGUGGAUGAUAGACUUUGGGAAGACGGUGCCCCUGCCUGCCCCCCUCACGCUGGACCACCGGACCCCCUGGAUGGAGGGCAACCGCGAGGAUGGCUACCUGUGGGGUCUGGACAACCUCAUAGACAUCCUCAGUACCAUGCUCCCCCCCCCAGCCCCUGAGAAAGAGAGGGCCGUGUGAGAGAGAAUAAAGGGAUGGCCUGGAAGAGAGAGGAGGUUGGAGAGAACACUCAUCCAAGUCAGAGCGGAGGAUGAAAGUGGGGAAGAACAAAUGGAACUGGUCAUUACCCAAACUAGAUGUGAGACUGGUGAGAUGGAGAGAAAGGAAAGGAGGAUGACAGUGAAAGGGAGACAGAGGGAGGAGCACACAGAGCAUGGUGGACACUCUUUAGCCAGAGUGAGGAAACCUGUCCACACAACCAGCGGUGUCAUCCCUCAUCAACUUCUCUCGUUAUAAGAGCUAUGACGUCAACUAUCACUGCCGCGCACAGACACAUACAGACCCACACUACUCUUCCUUCAUAUUAUCACAAGUAUGAUGAUAAUGUACUGAACUUUUCCAAUGGGAUAUAUCCUCCUCAAGUGACCUUAGAGGAGCAACGGAGAACAUUUUAUUUUCACUAUGGACGACUUGACUUUAUGCUUUUAAAACUAUUUUUAUAUAUGUCAACACUAGAAACACUGGAAAAACCUGUAUAUUUUAAACUUUAUCUGGUACUUAGCCUUUUAAUGUAAAUACAGUUUUAUUUAAUUUGUUUGCCUUCACGAACAGCCUCUUUACACUUUGUACUUUUUCUGUGCCUAGAUUUUGGGAUUGGAGGCAUAUUUUUUAUGAUUUUUUUAUAUCAUUCCAAAGUUUGCUGGAGAGUUGACCCAAAGUAUGAACUGAUGUCUGUAACAUUCUUUUUUGUAAGUUGGAUUGACACAUGGUGAAAACUGGAGGAUGUUGUUGAUUGGCUCUCAGUCUGACCCGCGUGGUGUCUGAUUGGCAGAUUUGACCCAGCAGAUAAACUAACAGUGGUUCCCAACAAGGGGUACUAGGACCACUGGGGGUACUUGGUCUAUCCACAGGGGGUACUUGAGAAUAUUCAUGAGACCAUAGGCCUACUGGUAAAAUACACAUGAGGGGGUACUU